CUCAUUCAGUCUCAGCUCCUUCUAGGGUUUUGCAAAGGUGUAUAAAAUCAACCUUCUGUAUUCUCAGCCGAGCCCUCGUAAACCCCUCUCUCUCUCAGACCUAAACCGCAAGGUAAAAGGUAGCAAUGGCAACAGUUCCAGGGCAGUUGAUAUGGGAGAUGGUGAAGAAGAACAACUGCUUCCUCGUCAAGGAGUUCGGACGUGGCAACGCUGGCGUCCAGUUCAGCAAAGAGCCCAACAACCUCUUCAACCUCAACUCCUACAAGUACUCCGGUUUGGCGAACCGAAAGACGGUGACGAUUCAGCCAGGUGGCAAAGAUCUGUCGGUGGUAUUGGCGACCACGAAGACGAAGAAGCAGAACAAGCCGGCGGCCAUACUUCACAAGUCGGUCAUGAGGAAGGAGUUCCCUCGUAUGGCUAAGGCUGUUACCAAUCAGGUUUCUAAUAAUUACUACAGGCCAGAUUUGAAGAAGGCAGCUCUUGCAAGGCUUAGUGCUGUUCACAGGAGCCUUAAGGUUACAAAGUCUGGUCCCAAGAAGAAGAACAGGCAGGCUGUUAGGACCCCUGGUAGGAAGUGAGAUAUGCUAGGGAACCGAGUUGUGUUGCUGUAUUUCUUUGGUGGUCUUUCUUAGUUUCUCUUCAGUCUCAACUAAAGAGUUAUAAUUUUCAUCUAUAUUAAUCAUCUGAAUGUAUUCAAAAGACCUACCCCUUGACCAAAAAGGGGAAACCCAGUUUUUGACCUAGUACGGCCUUAGUUUGUUAUGCUUCGACUUACUAUGUAAUUUUUUGAAACGUUAUUGGUAAUUUUGUAGUGAGUGUACUAGUGUUGCUUUGUCAA